CCAUCAGGGUGCUGCGUGGAGCUGCUGCUGCUGCUGCUGGCCGGGGAGCUGCCCCUGGGCGGCGGCUGCCCGCGGGACUGUGUGUGCUACCCGGCACCCAUGACGGUCAGCUGCCAGGCGCACAACUUCGCCGCCAUCCCCGAGGGCAUCCCGGAGGACAGCGAGCGCAUCUUCCUGCAGAACAACCGCAUCUCCCUCCUCCAGCAGGGCCACUUCAGCCCCGCCAUGGUCACCCUGUGGAUCUACUCCAACAACAUCACCUUCAUCGACCCCAACACCUUCGAGGGUUUCGUGCACUUGGAGGAGCUGGACCUCGGCGACAACCGGCAGCUGCGGACACUGGCGCCGGAGACCUUCCAGGGCCUGGUGAGGCUCCAUGCCCUCUACCUCUAUAAGUGCGGGCUCAGUGCCCUGCCUGCGGGCAUCUUCGGGGGCCUGCACAGCCUGCAGUACCUCUACCUGCAGGACAACCACAUUGAGUACCUGCAGGAUGACAUCUUCGUGGACCUGGUCAACCUCAGCCACCUAUUUCUCCAUGGCAACAAGCUGUGGAGUCUAGGCCAGGACACCUUCCGGGGGCUGGUGAACCUGGAUCGGCUGCUGCUUCAUGAGAACCAGCUGCAGUGGGUCCACCACAAGGCUUUCCACGACCUCCGUCGGCUCACUACCCUCUUCCUCUUCAACAACAGUCUCUCUGAGCUGCAGGGAGACUGUCUGGCACCGCUGGGGGCCCUGGAGUUCCUUCGCCUCAACGGGAACGCCUGGGACUGUGGCUGCCGGGCGCGCUCCCUGUGGGAAUGGCUUCAGAGGUUCCGGGGCUCCAGCUCCGCUGUCCCUUGUGUGUCCCCUGAGCAGCGGCAGGGCCAGGACCUGAAGAUGCUGAGUGCUGAGGACUUCCGGAACUGCACCGGGCCAGCGUCCCCACACCAGAUCAAGUCACACACGCUCACCACCGACAGAGCUGCCCGAAAGGAACAUCACCCAGCCCGUGGCUCCGCCAAGGACAAGAGCCACCCACAGGGCCAUCUGCCCGGUUCUCGGACGGGCUCUAGGAAGCCAGGCAAGAACUGCACCAGCCACAGGAAUCGCAACCAGGUCUCCAAGGUGGGCACUGGGAAGCAUGCCCACGAGCUGCAGGACUAUGCCCCUGACUACCAGCACAAGUUCAGCUAUGACAGCAUGCCCACCGCGCGGCCCAAGAGGAAGGGCAAGUGUGCCCGCAGGACCCCCAUCCGUGCCCCCAGCGGGGUGCAGCAGGCCUCCUCCAGCAGUUCUUUGGGGGCCUCCAUCCUGGCCUGGAUACUGGGGCUGGCAGUCACUCUUCGCUGAGGACCCGGAGCACCAGCACCCAGCACUGCCACGUGUCCACCAAGGAACAGAAUUUCUUUUCUUUUUUUAUAAAUGGAGGAUCUGCUGGGUUUCAGGCAGAGUCUGGUAAAGGCUUCAGCUGCUGUCUGGACCCUGCCUGGUGGAUUAUAAACCCAAAGUGUACAGCCCCAAGCAGGAGGGGAUUAGCACACCUCACCCAGCUGUCCCAGCCAGCCCCCCUCCGAGCAGCCACGGACAGUACCCAUCCAGCAAGGAUGGGACAGUGCCCCAUGGGAGUUGAGCUCUGUGGAAUCCUGGUUAUUUGGAGAGGUCUGAGGGGACCCUGCCAUUCUUGGAGGAAGCAGGACUCAGAGGAACAGAGGAUGCUUCCCCAAGAGGCUAGGUUGACUGGCCGUCUGGGAGUACAUGAGCAGGUGGCAUUUUGGCUUUUGUCUGAAGGCUACUUAGUCAACCUGCCCUGAAUCCAACAGCGUGCCACCUUCAGUCCCUUCCCUGGGGUGACACUUCUCAUUCCUGAUGUCUCAGGCAACCCUGGCACACCCAGCCCAGACCCUGGGCUCCAAGAACCAGUUACCAAAGGAAAGAUCAUCAGAGGCUGAAAUUCAGAACUUCAUCACGUGCAAUGAGUUUCUCACAGGAGGUGCAGUUUUAUAACUAUGUCCACUUAUAUAUACACACUCUGCGCGCACACGCACACACACACGUAUAUAUAUAUAUAUAUACACACAAAGACACAGGUCCCCUGCCCCACACCCUUACCAAACUGUAUGUCUUAUCAUGUUUAUAAACUAUAUGGAAAACUAUAUCUGCUGAACUAAGGAUUGCACUGGUGAUUUCUAGCAAGAAGAGAGUUAUAGGAUUUUUGUCUAGAAUCCCAACCUGCAACAACAAUCCCCAUGUCAUCUGGGCUUGCCAGAGUCAUAGGCAGAUGGUCAGUGGGGAGGGCCAGAGGGAAGGGGGGGCAGCAAGAAUCACUUCAGGGGACCAAUAUUCUUAGAUUUAAAGCAUCGCCUUGUUUUUAUAUACAACACAAGCCCACCUGCCGCCCCGGAGCCCCAUCACCCCACCCCCCAUAGUAACUGUUGGCGUCAGGGUGAGAGGUGAGAAGCAGCUUGUUGGACAUCAGGGAGCUAGGUCCUGGGGACAGACUGGAUGGAGAAAGGGAAUGAAGGAGCUUUGGGUUUCUUAGGCCUUUGGGUGAAGCAGCCUUCACAGUGUUAGUUCAAUAGGCCGGGCGGUGUUGUCAGCCUAGCGUUUUGCCAUUGAUGGUCUGGACAGGCCAGGGAGACUCUGGGCAUGAGCCCAGGCCCCCAGCACAGCUCAAGUGCAGAAUUUUUCCUUGAGGCUCUUUGAUGAACAUCCCAGCAAGGGCCCUGUGUAGGGUGGCAGGAAGGAAAGCAUCAGGCAGCCUUAGCAGAAGGGAAUAGUGAGGGCAUUUCAAGAACCAUCUCAGGCGCUACUGCAUUAUGGAGGGGCUGUCCCUACUGGUCCUCCUGAAGAAACUCGGGGCUGGGCAGAGAUUGGGGUCCAGACUCAGGGGUCAGGAGCGGGGAUGUACAGGGAGUAAGGCAGUCACGCUCAGACAGGGGACAAGGGCUCCAGUCAGAGCUGGCCAUGCUGCUGGCUGGGGCCUGGGUGGGCACAGUCUCCUUUGCGCUUUGCACAAACCUGAAUUCCCCACCAGAGAGGAUGUAUAUGAGGAGCAAGAAACACUGAAUCCAAUUAA